CUGCAUGCAGUUCAUCAACAUCGUGGUCCACUCAGUGGAAAACAUGAACUUCAGAGUUCACCUGCAGUACGAGUUCACUCAUCACGGGCUCGACGAAUACCUGGAGAAGUUGAAGUUCACAGAGAGCGACAGGUUGCUGGUUCAGAUUCAGGCGUACCUGGACAAUGUGUUCGACGUUGGCGCUCUGCUGGAGGACGCCGAGACCAAGAACGCUCUGCUGGAGCACAUGGAGGAGCUGCAGGAGCACAACACUCAGUUGAGCUGCAGACUUCAGGAGACGGAGAAGGAGGCGAUGGAGAAAACCUCGGACCUGGAGAAGAAGCUCAUCCAGACGACUAAAGAGGUGGAGCUGCUGAAGGAGAGUCUCCGGGAGUCGUGCUCUCAGGUGAGUCUCCUGCAGCAGCGGGAGCGAGAGAGGGAGCUUGAGCGAGAGAGGGACAAAGAGAGGGAGAGAGACCAGGACAGAUCGGUUCAGGCCCUGAAGGAGCUGGAGGUCAGAGUUCAGGAUCUGGUGGAGCAAGGGCUGGUCCGCAUGGAGCGCUCCUCCUCGGGACGCCUGGAGGUUCAGGUGGUCCCCGUUAUCCAGCACGAGUCACAGAAGGCUGAAGAUCAUUCAGAUAAAAACCACGAGGUCGUGACCUCCUCCUCCUCAGACACUCAGCCCGACCUCACUGAUGUUCCUCUGCAGUCGACGAUAGUACAAGCUCCGCCUCCUCCUCCACCACCACCUCCUCCUCCUCCUCCACCUCCAGCCUCAACUCCAGCUCCUCCCCCUCCUCCUCCUCAAGCAGUCGCUCCGCCUCCUCUGCUGCUUGUGUCUGAUGGGAGCUCAGGUUGUAAAAAAAAGAAGCCCAUUCAAACCAAGUACCGGAUGCCGCUCCUGAACUGGCAGGCGCUCAAAUCCAACCAGGUGGCAGGAACCAUCUUCAACGAGCUCGACGACGAACACGUCUUAGAGGAGCUGAACAUGGCGGCCUUUGAGGAGCAGUUUAAGACCAAAGCUCAGUCCUCUCCUGUAGAACUGGGCACCCUUAAGAUGAAACGGGCCCAUAAGACCCCCAGCAGGGUGUCUCUGAUGGAGGCCAACCGGGCCAAAAACCUGGCUAUCACUCUGCGUAAGGAGGGGAUGGCUGCGUCCGACAUCUGCUGUGCGAUAGAGACCUACAACCAGAGAGCUCUGAGUCUGGACUUCCUGGAGCUGCUGGAGAGAUUCAUCCCCACGGAGUACGAGACGAAGCUCAUCCACAACUACGAGUGCGAGGGCAGGCCCCUGGACGAGCUCAGCGAGGAGGACCGCUUCAUGGUGCGCUUCAGCAAGAUCCCGCGCCUCUCCCAGCGAAUCAGCAUGCUCACCUUCAUGGGCAACUUCCCCGAGAGCGUAAAGACAAUACAGCCUCAACUGAACGCUCUUAUCGCUGCUUCCAUGUCGAUCAAAUCCUCCAGCAAGCUGAAGAAAAUCCUCGAGAUCAUUUUAGCGUUCGGGAACUACAUGAACAGCAGCAAACGAGGAGCGGCGUACGGUUUCCGCCUGCAGAGUUUAGAUCUGCUCUUAGACACUAAAUCCACAGACCGCAGACAGACGCUGCUUCACUUCAUCGUCUGCAAAAUUCAGGAGAAAUACCCCGAGCUCCAGACCUUCUACAGCGAGCUGCACUUCCUGGACAAGGCGGCGCUGGUUUCUCUGGACAGCAUCCUGCAGGACGUGCGCUCUCUGGAGAGAGGUCUGGAGCUGACCAGCAGAGAGUUGUCGGUGGAAAAAGAUAAUCCAGUCCUGCAGACGUUCCUGAGCAGCAACACAGAGCUGCUCAGCUCUCUCAUCGCCGACGGGAAAACAGCCCAGGACGCGUACGACUCAGCCGUGGAGUACUUUGGGGAGGACUCUAAAACCACUCCGCCCUCCGUCUUCUUCCCGUUUUUCAUCCGCUUCAUUAAAGCGUACAAGCAAGCUGAGCAGGAGAACGAGCUGAGGAAGAAACAGAAAGGCGUUCAGACUGAAGCUCCGCCGACGCCGCCCAAACCUGAAGACACCAGAAACAAGGUGUGUGUGACUUCCAAACCGCCUCACAUGGAUCUGAUCGCCGAGCUGAAGAAGAGACAGGUGACCCCUCUGGUGAGGGAGGGGAAGGACGGGGCGAUCGAGGACAUCAUCACAGAUUUAAGGAAUCAGCCGUACAGACGGACGGACGGCAGCCGGCGCAGCACCAAGUGGAAACCAGGACAGCAGCUCCACGUGUCCUCAGACAUCUCCCUGUGAACAAAAAAAACGAACACAACAACAACUACACACAAAGCACAAAGCGCCGCCAUAAACUCACCACAGCAACCGGCUCGUCGUCUCCUGCAUGCUGAAGCCUGCAGACGUGAGCCUGCACGAGAUCACACAGAGACGCUCCUUCCUGAUGAAUUAGAAACUGAUGAUUGUAGAGAGGAUCUGUGAUUUAGACAAUCAGAUAUAAGAGAGGAUAUUAUCUGCUCUCAGAGAUAACCACGCCGGCUGUCAUACGAGCUCGUUAAGACGAUUAAAUGUUCGGCAGAGACGCCGCCGCUCGCCUCAGAGUGACUCUUCAAAGACGUCAAACUUUGAUGGACGGAGCGCCGCUCAUAAAUCAUUUUGAUCGUUUUCUUUAAAAAAAAGCUCCACACAUGAUUUUUUAAUUGGUUUUAUUUGAAGUAGAUUAUUAAUCGAGCUGUCCGUCGUCCCGUCCUCGAGGAAACCUCAAAUUCAGGCUGAAGAUUUGUAAUAUAUUUAAAUUAUUUUUACUACUGAGGCGUAAUGAUGGAGAACUUCGACUGUGCUUCUGCAUUUCAACUAAUAAACCAUUUUAUACCGUCA